AACUUAGGGAAGGUUUUUAUAUUUUACCCUAAAGUUCACGAGCCUUUAUACCUCGAAGAAAAAUAAAACCUCCUAAAAAUCCUUUUCUUCAGCACUGUUUCUUCAGACAGUUCUCUACUACUCUACUGGUUAAAUCAUGGCAUCUCGAUGUCGAUCUAUCUCAAAACCUGCCCUCAGCUUUCUAAAAUCGGCCGUUAACAAAUCUACGGGCAAACCCAUUUCUUCGAUGCGCAUUCCUCGCACACAUGCCUUUUCGAGGUUACCUUCUGAGGUGGGUUGCAUUCAAUCUCUUCUUCCCCUUCAUAGUGCUAUUUCUUCGGCGCGUCUGACGUCUUGUCUCGGCAUUGACUCGAGAAGUUCGAGGUCGCUGUCUCAGGGUAUGCUCUGCUGUGCAAACCCAGGAGUUUGAUCUCCAUCUUUAUAUUUAACUAGGUCUGAGCGUGCCCCGAUAAAGAAUCAAAGGAUGGAACACGCCAAAGGUUGGAGAUGGAAACAAUCUAUCUAUUGGACAGAGGGAGUGAGAGACUUGGGGCCCUGGCAUCAUGUUGGCCUUGCUAUUGAGUUCUUUGACAAUUGUGUAACAUGGAAAUUGUUGUCGUAGCAGUAGCAUAUCAAGUUACUGAUUUUUUUGGGGUUCAAUAAUAUGCUUUUGACAUCACCAAUACUCUUCUUUAAUUAUUCAGAGUUUUCUGUUCUUUUCUUGAAA